AGAGGCAUUUCACAAUGACAAGAAGCUGUACCACUUGGACAAGGACAUGACGAAUGUCAAUCAACAGUGGCCACAAGAGGUCCAGACUGGUAGUUGCAAUAGUGACCAACAGACAUCACCAGAGCGUCAGGAAGAGUCUCAGGUCGACCAGCAGCAAUCUAAAACAGACCAGGAAGCAGAACAGGAGGUGCCACCUAUCUUCAGUACAUCAUCAGAGGGGAACCAGCAAGAGCAUCUCACAGACCAGCCGUCUAACACACAUCAGGAAGUAAAAGUACCACCCAGCCUCAGAAAGUCAGACGACCAGCAACAUCUCACAGAACAAUAUAACACAAACCAGGAAGAGACACAGAUUCUCAGCGAACCAUCAAAGGAUGACCAGCAGCAGGAGCAUGUCACUAAUAUCAUAGACUCGGAGAGCGACUACACCUGGUACCUAUGGAACACAUACUCCCUCAUCUCUUUUGUUCAUUUCUCCAUUAAAUUCUUCAGAAGACGUUCACAGAAGAAGCCCCAUCCAGGAGAGAUCAUUCAGGAGGAUAUGGAAGACAUCUCUGUUGUGAAAAACCUUUCGGCUGACGUUUCGCUACCGGACCAUGAUACACUCAACCGCUUUUACGACAAAUGUGUCAAAGUCUCACCCAAUGAGAGCUGGAGGGUGACUGAGUUUGUGGAGGGUUUUGCUAAUGACCUAUUAGAAGCCAUGAGGAGCAUGAGUGAUGUGGAGGUUGGCAUGGUGAUUGAAGACUUUGUGGUGGAGAGCAGGAUCAGUUCCCUUGUGUGUGACAUCAUAGUCCCCAUUGCCCCGUUAGAGCCAUACAGUUUCCAGUUUCAACUCUGGUGUAACCAGGCUAUUGAUGAUAUGCCACCUGAAAUGGAGGGCUGUGGUAGAGUCAAAAUGGUGGAUGGUGGUGUGAACCAAAAUGGCUGCCCAUGUCGCACAGCUGCCAUAGGGGAUGAUGAUAUGCUAUGCCUGCUGUGUUGUGACAAUGAGAAAGUCAAAGUGGUGAAAGUCACUGAUGUAUUGGAUAAUGCUCUUUGCUCAAAACACACCCCUUACCUGGCCAAAACCCAGGUUACCAAAUGGUUCCAGACCACGAUUAGAAAAGCUUGGGGACAGAUAUCCCACAAAUAUGAAUUUGAGCUGACAUUUCGCAAUAUGGACGACCCAGGAGCUCUGAUGGUUCGAUUCAGAUCAGGGAAGGUGAUAGCCUUCGAUAUGGCUCCCGUGGUGAAACUCAAAGACACCGAAGCUUAUUUCACCAUUUCUCCUUCCACCCCACCUAGGACCAACUCAUUGGACACAUACUGGAGCCUCUCGUUGACAACUUACGAGGACCACUUCCUGAAGUAUCUGACCAAUCACCUGCCUGAAAACUCCUGCCACAUUCACUGCCUUGGAAUUGUAGCGUUCCUUCACAAAAAGCAAACGGGCCUCACAGGCAGAAGUAUCCUGACAGAUCAUCACUUCAAAACAGUGUUAAUUCACUUGCUUUUGAGUAAAGAGCCUUCUGACUGGUACCCUGAACACUUGGGUAGCAGGUUACGUGAUGCAUUGAGCUUCCUAGAAAAUAGCCUUCAGGGCAGGAAGUUGCUUCACAGCUGUAUUGGAAAGCCUCUGGUUCCAAGUGAGAUUGGACUCCCUGCUGUAUUUAGUGAUGCAGAGCCUGUAAACCUCUUCCGCCCUCUUGGGGUACAAAAUGGCAGCUACACCAUGACUGUAAACCACUUGCAAGAGAUGCUCAGGAACUCAUCCAUGCUGAUACAGGAGUAUUUGCCAAAGCCAAAGGAAUGCAAUGGUCUGGACAAAACUUCAACUGGUAUAGAGUGAACAAUUUAAGGUUCAUACUGGACAAUUAACUGUAAAGAUGACAAAUCUACAAUGACAUGAGGAAACACACUUAAGUGAUUUCAUGUUAUUAAAAUUCAACUGAAAAGUUCCACCCCACCACCCAGACCCAAAUAAAUGCUUAUUUGAAAGUUA